GGCGUAGUCGUAGUCGUCGUGAGUCAAAUGGCUGAAUGAAGUUGUCGGAUUCCGAGACGUACAACUUCAUUUUAAUGUUAAACAAAGUGCAUAUGGUCGUAAUACAACUGUGACCCUAGUCCCAGAUUAUGGGAGAUUCCAUUGAGGCUGUGCCUGAGGGCACGCCAGAGCCGGAGACAGUGGCUGUUGUUGAUUUCAACGAUUUCUGCAACUACAUUCGCAAAGUAGUGACAGUGUUGUUGCCGAACGUCGACACGGUUCCACCGGCCCUCAAUGCCGCUUUACAAGACCGGAAUAAUCAAGACUGCAUUCGCAAAUUCAUCAGCGAUCAGCAAGUUCCGGUUCUUUUCAUUCAGCGUACUUCAACUAAAGAUGAAGAUGGCGAACCCACAGAAGGUGAGGAAAAGGAGGAGGCGUACUACUUAUCAAAUGAAGUUCAGUACACAAGCCCUAAGGAAAGCAGUCUGGUAUGUGUCAAGAGGGGCCUUGUAGUAGAGGCUGAAAAAAAUAUCCAUUCCCAAUUACGUCUCACAAACUUUUGUGAGGGAUCUCCUUAUGAGACCAUUCAUUCGUUUGUGAGCAAAUGGAUGUCACCAUACUUCAAGAGUUAUGUAAAGGAAUCAGGAAGAGCAGACAGAGAUGGAGACAAAAUGGCACCAUCUGUGGAAAAAAAGAUGGCGGAGCUAGAAAUGGGUUUAUUGCAUCUCCAGCAGAACAUUGACAUUCCAGAAAUAUCUCUACAAAUUCAUCAUGUUGUAAUUGCUGUAAUCAAACAGUGUGCUGAAGAAGGACGCAAACCUAGAGUAGCUGAUUUUGGAGACCGUGUUGAGGAUUCUACUUUUUUAAAUCAGCUUCAGACUGGAGUCAACAGAUGGAUCAAAGAAAUUCAGAAGGUUACAAAGCUUGAUCGUGACCCAUCAUCAGGAACAGCUCUUCAAGAAAUCAGCUUCUGGUUGAACUUAGAACGAGCACUCCACAGGAUUCAGGAAAAGAGAGAAAGCCUAGAAGUUGCCUUAACAUUAGACAUCUUGAAGCAUGGGAAACGUUUUCAUGCCACAGUUAGUUUUGAUACAGAUACUGGAUUGAAACAAGCACUCAGUUAUGUCAAUGACUACAACCCACUUAUGAAGGAUUUUCCCAUCAAUGACUUGUUAUCUGCUACCGAACUUGACCGAAUUCGUGCUGCUAUACAGCAGAUCUUUUCUCACUUGCGUAAGAUCCGCAGUACCAAAUAUCCCAUGCAGAGAGCUUUGAAACUUGUUGAAGCUAUAUCUCGUGACUUGAGUUCUCAGCUAUUCAAAGUUUUGGGUACAAGAAGGCUAAUGCAUAUUCCAUUUGACGAAUUUGAAAAAGUUAUGAAUCUGUGUUUCAAUGUUUUCUUGACUUGGGAUGAUGAAUAUGAUAGGCUGCAACAACUUCUCAGGGAUUUGAUGAAGAAAAAGAGGGAUGAACAUUUGAAAAUGGUGUGGCGUGUGCAUCCUUCUCACAAGAAAUUGCAAGUUCGCAUGGAGAACAUGCGCCAGUUUAGACAUCAGCAUGAACAGCUUCGAACUGUCAUUAUGCGUGUAUUACGUCCAAAUAUAAUGCUGGUCCUAUCAGGACGCCCAGCAGAGUCUCCACCUGAAGGAGGUGAUGCUUCUAAUGUCAAGUCCGAUCAGCUAGCUAUUGAAGCUGCUGAUGCUAAUGCAAUCGAGGAAGUAAAUUUGGCCUACGAAAAUGUUAAGGAAGUUGACUGCCUAGACAUCAGCAGAGAAGGAUCUGAGGCAUGGGAGGCUGCAGUAAGGCGGUAUCAGGAACGCAUAGAUAGAGUUGAAACCAGGAUUACUGCCCACUUAAGGGACCAGCUGGGCACUGCCAAAAAUGCCAACGAAAUGUUUAGGAUCUUUUCCCGCUUCAAUGCCCUGUUUGUGCGGCCCCAUAUUCGAGGUGCCAUCCGAGAGUAUCAAACUCAACUUAUUCAAAGAGUGAAAGAUGAUAUUGAAGCACUUCAUGAAAAGUUCAAGGUGCAAUACCCUCAAAGUAAGGCAUGCCGUAUGAGUCAAGUGAGAGACUUGCCACCUGUGUCCGGUUCAAUAAUUUGGGCCAAACAAAUUGACCGUCAGCUAACAGCCUAUCUUCGCCGUGUUGAAGAUGUAUUAGGCAAAGGUUGGGGAAACCACAUUGAUGGUCAAAAGCUGAAAGCUGAUGGAGACAGUUUCCGAUUAAAACUUAAUACCACAGAGAUCUUUGAUGAUUGGGCUAGGAAAGUUCAAGCCCGCAACCUGGGGGUCACAGGACGGAUUUUUGCUAUUGAGUCCACUCGUUCUCGGUCAGGCCGAGGCAACGUUCUCCGAUUAAAGGUCAACUUUUUGCCAGAAAUAAUCACCCUUUCCAAAGAGGUUCGCAACCUUAAGAACCUGGGUUUCCGAGUACCUCUGGCUAUUGUCAACAAAGCGCACCUUGCCAAUGGCCUAUAUCCUUUUGCUAUCUCACUAAUUGAGAGCUGUCGGACCUAUGAAAGGACUUUGGAAAAGCUAUGCAACAGAGGCAGUGCAAACAGCCCAUCGUUCAAGGUGGAGGAUAAGGCAUCUAUUGUUCCCUUGGUUGCUGGUAUGAGGAAAGAAGUUCAAAAUCUCAUAAGUGAAGGAAUUGGUCUUGUGUGGGAAAGUUAUAAGUUGGACCAGUAUGUCCAACGCCUGGCAGAGCUUGUUUUUUCUUUCCAAGAGAAAGUGGAAGACCUCUUGCUUGUAGAAGAGCAGCUGGAUGUUGAUGUCAGAUCCUUGGAAACUUGUCCUUAUUCAGCCAACACUUUUGCUGACAUUCUGGCUAAAAUUCAGCAUGCUGUUGAUGAUCUCUCUCUGCGUCAGUACUCCAACCUGCACAUUUGGGUGCAACGUCUUGAUCAAGAAGUAGAAAAGAAUUUGGCUGCACGUCUUCAGGCUGGAAUACAGGCUUGGACAGAUGCCUUGGAUGGCAAGAAGAAAGAAAUUGAUCACAGUAUGGAUACUGAUGCACCCACUCAACCAACCCACAAGCCAGGUGGUGACCCUCACAUUCAAAUUGUUACUCAUGAAGUUCGCAUCACAAAUCAAAUCAUGUACUUGUACCCAAGUAUUGAAGAAGCUCGCUUUCAGAUCAUGCAGCAGUUCUUCUCAUGGCAGGCCAUUGUUACAUCUCAAAUCCAUUUGCAGAGCUGUAGAUACCAAGUGGGUCUUGACAGACCAGUGUCUCAGACUUACCGCAAUCUUCUCAACAAAUUGCCUCAAGGAAACACUGUCUUGGCUGCUGCAUAUGAAUCCAUUGAAAACAAAAUUGCUCAGGUACAAAAGUAUGUUGAUGAAUGGUUACGGUAUCAAUCCCUCUGGGAUUUGCAAGCUGAUAAUUUAUAUAGUCGCUUGGGUGAAGAUAUCAAUAUGUGGAUGAGGUUCUUGAAUGACAUCAAAAAGUGCCGAACCACUUUUGACACUUCAGAAACAAGAAGGGAGUUUGGUCCUGUUGUGAUUGACUAUGCUAAAGUGCAGAGUAAAGUGACUCUAAAGUACGAUGCAUGGCACAAGGACACAUUGAGCAAGUUUGGUGCACUUCUUGGAAACGAGAUGUCACAGUUCCAUUCUCAGGUUUCUAAAUCCCGUAGUGAGCUAGAAGAACAAUCUAUUGAAGCUGCCAGUACGUCUGACGCUGUUUCAUUCAUUACUUACGUUCAAUCCUUGAAGCGCAAGAUGAAGGCAUGGGAAAAACAAGUGGAAGUGUAUCGUGAAGGUCAACGUAUCUUGGAAAGGCAAAGGUUCCAAUUCCCUCAAAACUGGCUACAUGUGGACAAUAUUGAAGGUGAAUGGGGUGCUUUUAAUGAAAUCAUUAAACGGAAGGACUCAUCCAUUCAAACCCAGGUUGCUACUUUGCAAAUGAAAAUUGUUGCUGAGGAUAAGGCAGUGGAGUCCAGGACUAAUGAUUUCCUCAGUGACUGGGAAAGUAGCAAACCAGUGGAAGGUAGUCUUCGCCCCGAUGAAGCUUUGCAACAAUUGAAAAUCUAUGAGACCAAAUUCACACGUCUGAAAGAAGAGAGAGAUAAUGUUGCCAAAGCUAAGGAAGCAUUGGAGUUGCAGGAGCCUGGUGGAAUGAAUACCUCUGAAGAUAGAAUGCAAGUUGUCUUUGAAGAGUUGCAAGAUCUUCGUGGAGUUUGGUCAGAAUUGUCACGAGUUUGGACCCAGAUUGAUGAAUUGAGAGAGAAACCUUGGUUAUCCAUACAACCACGCAAGCUCCGGCAGCAGUUAGACACACUCAUGACUCAAUUAAAGGAGCUACCCGCUCGUUUAAGGCAGUACUCAUCAUAUGAGUAUGUUAAACGGACCCUGCAGGGUUACACUAAAGUGAACAUGAUGAUUGUUGAGUUGAAAUCGGAUGCAUUGAAAGAGAGACAUUGGAAGUCUCUCAUGAAGCAACUGCGUGUGUCAUGGGUCUUGUCUGAUCUUACUCUUGGCCAAGUCUGGGAUGUCAAUCUUCAGAAGAAUGAAAAUGUUGUCAAGGAUAUAAUUCUUGUAGCUCAGGGUGAAAUGGCUUUAGAAGAGUUCUUGAAACAAGUACGAGAAUCAUGGCAAAGCUAUGAACUCGAUUUAAUCAACUAUCAAAACAAGUGUAGACUGAUAAGAGGAUGGGAUGACCUCUUCAACAAAGUGAAAGAACACAUAAACUCUGUAGCAGCAAUGAAACUAUCCCCGUACUACAAAGUAUUUGAAGAGGAAGCUUUGACUUGGGAAGAGAAGCUCAACAGGAUAAAUGCCUUGUUUGAUGUAUGGAUUGAUGUUCAGAGGAGGUGGGUGUAUUUAGAGGGUAUCUUUUCUGGAAGUGCUGAUAUUAAAACACUUUUGCCUGUUGAGACAUCACGCUUCCAGAGUAUUAGUUCAGAGUUUCUUGGUCUGAUGAAGAGGGUUUCUAAAUCACCUAUGGUCAUGGAUGUUUUGAACAUUCCUGGUGUGCAGCGUGCUCUGGAGCGCCUUGCUGAUCUUUUGGGUAAAAUCCAGAAGGCACUCGGCGAAUAUUUGGAAAGGGAAAGGACAUCAUUUCCCCGCUUUUAUUUUGUUGGUGAUGAAGAUUUACUGGAGAUCAUUGGUAACAGCAAAAAUGUUGCACGUCUACAGAAACAUUUCAAAAAAAUGUUUGCUGGAGUUGCUGCCAUUCUUCUCAAUGAGGAUAAUACCAUCAUAACAGGAAUUUCUUCAAGGGAAGGAGAAGAAGUCAAAUUUUGCACUCCAGUCAACACUGUAGAGCAUCCUAAAAUUAAUGAAUGGCUCUCCCUUGUGGAAAAAGAAAUGAGGGUUACUCUUGCAUCUCGCUUGGCUGAAGCUGUUCAGGAUAUCAAGCAGUUUAAGGAAGGUUCUAUAGACCCUAGUGCAUACAUGAAAUGGUGUGACAAGUACCAAGCUCAAAUUGUAGUGUUGGCUGCACAAAUAUUGUGGAGUGAGGAUGUUGAAAAUGCCCUUCAUCAAAUUGGAAAUGCCAGUGGUGAGCCAAACAUGGCUCCAUUGGACCGUGUUCUUGUUCAAGUGCAAAAUACUCUCACUGUUUUGGCUGACUCUGUUUUACAAGAGCAACCACCACUCCGCCGCAGAAAGCUAGAGCACCUCAUAAAUGAAUUUGUACACAAACGCACUGUCACCAGAAGGUUGAUUGCUAAUCGCAUUUCUGGCCCUAAAGCUUUUGAAUGGCUUUGCGAAAUGAGGUUUUACUUUGACCCGAGGCAAACGGAGGUGCUGCAGCAACUUACGAUUCAUAUGGCAAAUGCUAAGUUCUUUUAUGGCUUUGAGUACUUGGGAGUUCAAGAUCGACUGGUUCAAACACCACUGACGGAUACCUGCUACCUAACAAUGACACAAGCACUUGAAUCUCGUCUUGGAGGAUCACCAUUUGGCCCUGCAGGAACGGGUAAAACUGAGUCAGUUAAAGCACUUGGACACCAAUUAGGAAGAUUUGUUCUAGUGUUUAACUGUGAUGAAACCUUUGACUUCCAAGCUAUGGGGAGAAUAUUUGUUGGUCUGUGUCAAGUGGGAGCAUGGGGCUGUUUUGAUGAGUUUAAUCGCCUUGAGGAGAGGAUGCUUUCUGCAGUCUCACAGCAGGUUCAAACCAUUCAAGAAGCUUUGAAAUCGCAACAAGAUGGCAAAAAAGAGGGUACAAUCUCUGUCGAACUUGUAGGCAAGCAAGUGAAAGUUUCCACUGAUAUGGCUAUAUUUAUCACAAUGAAUCCUGGCUAUGCUGGACGUUCCAAUCUCCCAGACAACUUGAAGAAACUCUUUAGGUCUCUUGCCAUGACCAAGCCAGACCGUCAACUCAUUGCAGAAGUCAUGCUGUUCUCUCAAGGUUUCCGCUCAGCUGAGAAACUGGCCUGCAAAAUUGUACCUUUCUUCAAGCUCUGUGAUGAGCAGCUCUCAAAUCAAUCACACUAUGACUUCGGCCUCCGAGCUCUGAAGAGUGUGUUAGUGUCGGCUGGUAAUGUGAAGAGGGACCGUAUUCAAAAGAUAAAAGAAGAUAUGAAAAAGAGUGGAGAGUCAAAUAUAGAUGAAGCUGUGAUUGCUGAGAACUUGCCUGAACAAGAAAUUCUUAUCCAGUCAGUGUGUGAAACAAUGGUUCCAAAGCUGGUUGCUGAGGACAUUCCUCUUCUAUUCUCUCUUCUCUCAGAUGUGUUCCCUAAUGUUGAGUACACAAGGGCUGAAAUGGCUGGCCUCAAAGACCAGAUCAGGAAAGUGUGUCAGGAAGAAUAUCUGGUGUGUGGCGAAGGAGAGGAGCAGGGUGGUUCCUGGAUGGAGAAGAGAUACACAGGCGAGACUUGGGUUGAGAAGGUUCUCCAACUUUAUCAGAUUUGUAAUUUGAAUCAUGGCCUCAUGAUGGUUGGGCCAAGUGGCUCUGGAAAGAGCACAGCCUGGAGAGUGCUUCUGCGCUCAUUAGAACGUCUUGAAGGGAUUGAAGGGGUUGCACAUGUUAUCGACCCCAAAGCUAUUUCGAAGGAAGCAUUGUAUGGUGUGCUUGACCCUAACACUCGAGAAUGGACUGAUGGUCUCUUUACGCACAUUUUGAGGAAAAUCAUAGACAAUGUGAGAGGAGAAAUCAACAAAAGACAGUGGAUUAUAUUUGACGGUGAUGUUGAUCCCGAGUGGGUUGAAAAUCUGAACUCGGUGCUUGAUGAUAACAAGCUACUGACAUUGCCCAAUGGUGAACGUCUCUCACUUCCACCAAAUGUUCGCAUCAUGUUUGAGGUUCAAGAUUUGAAAUAUGCAACUCUAGCCACUGUUUCCCGAUGUGGUAUGGUGUGGUUCUCUGAAGAUGUCUUAUCUACAGAAAUGAUUUUUGAAAAUUACAUGUUACGGCUUCGUAACAUUCCUCUAGAAGAGUCGGAGGAUGAUGGGCUGGGUACCUUUACCACCAAGAAGACAUCAGGGGAAAAGGAUGAUGAUCUAUCACCCACCUUGCAAAUUCAAAGGGAUGUCAGUAUGAUACUCCAAUCUUAUCUUUCCCCUGAUGGAUUGGUUGUUAGAAGUUUGGAAUAUGCCAUGAAACAGGAACAUAUUAUGGACUUUACCCGUCUUCGUGCUCUGAGCUCUCUAUUUUCUAUGCUCAACCAGGGAGUGAGGAAUGUGCUAGCCUACAACCACUCCCAUUCAGAUUUCCCUCUCACUACCGAACAGUUAGAGAGCUACAUUCCUAAGUGCUUGGUGUAUGCUCUUCUUUGGAGCUUUGCUGGAGAUGCCAAGCUAAAAGGACGCUCUGAUUUGGGUGAUUUCAUCCGUACCAUAACAACUGUUCCAUUGCCACCAACCAGCAACCUCCCAAUCAUUGACUAUGAGGUGACAGUUGUUGGGGAUUGGGCUCCAUGGUCCAACAAAGUGCCUCAAAUUGAGGUGGAGACUCAUAAAGUUGCUGCACCAGAUGUUGUUGUGCCCACUUUAGACACAGUAAGGCAUGAAUCUCUCCUGUACACUUGGUUGGCUGAGCACAAACCACUUGUUCUUUGUGGUCCUCCUGGUUCCGGAAAAACUAUGACACUUUUCUCUGCUCUUCGAGCUCUGCCUGAUAUGGAAGUUGUGGGCCUGAAUUUCUCCUCAGCUACUACACCUGAACUUCUCUUGAAGACAUUUGAUCAUUAUUGUGAAUAUCGAAAAACGCCAAAUGGUGUGGUUUUGUCUCCUGUACAGCUUGGGAAGUGGCUAGUCUUGUUCUGUGAUGAAAUCAAUUUGCCAGAUAUGGACAAGUAUGGAACUCAAAGAGUGAUAUCUUUCCUGAGACAAUUAGUGGAACAUCGUGGCUUUUAUCGUAGCAAUGACCAGGCUUGGGUAUCUUUAGAACGUAUCCAAUUUGUUGGUGCUUGCAAUCCACCAACAGAUCCUGGUAGAAAACCUCUUUCACACAGAUUCUUGCGGCAUGUGCCAGUUAUCUAUGUUGAUUACCCUGGAGAAACUUCAUUGAAGCAGAUUUAUGGAACCUUCAGUCGUGCAAUGUUGCGUCUAAUACCUCCACUUAGAGGGUUUGCUGAACCCCUUACAAAUGCAAUGGUAGAAUUCUACCUAGUAUCUCAAGAGCGUUUCACUCAAGAUAUGCAACCCCACUAUGUGUAUUCACCUCGUGAAAUGACGAGAUGGGUCAGAGGCAUCUGUGAGGCUAUUAGGCCUUUGGAGACAUUAAAUGUUGAAGGACUUGUACGCUUGUGGGCCCAUGAGGCCCUCAGAUUAUUCCAGGAUCGUUUAGUUGAUGAUGCUGAGCGGCGGUGGACAAAUGAAAAUAUUGAUAUUGUGGCUCAGAAGCACUUCAUUGGAAUCGACAGGUCUCAGGCACUUGCUCGUCCCAUUCUGUACAGCAAUUGGCUUUCAAAGGACUAUGUUCCUGUGAAUAGAGAAGAGCUUAGAGAAUAUGUAAAGGCUCGCCUGAAAGUGUUCUAUGAGGAAGAGUUGGAUGUACAGUUAGUACUGUUUGAUGAAGUAUUGGACCAUGUUCUUCGUAUAGACAGAAUAUUUAGACAGCCUCAGGGACACCUGCUGCUUAUUGGAGUUUCUGGUGCUGGAAAAACUACUCUUUCCCGGUUUGUUGCUUGGAUGAAUGGUCUCUCAAUUUUCCAAAUUAAGGUUCACAAUAAAUACACUGGAGAAGACUUUGAUGAAGAUCUCCGCUCUGUGUUGAGACGUUCAGGAUGUAAGGAUGAGAAAAUUGCGUUCAUCCUAGAUGAAUCUAAUGUGCUUGACUCUGGGUUCCUUGAAAGGAUGAACACAUUGCUUGCCAAUGGAGAAGUACCUGGCCUGUUUGAAGGUGAUGAGUAUGCAACUCUAAUGACUCAGUGUAAGGAAGGAGCUCAAAGAGAAGGCUUAAUGCUUGACUCUAAUGAAGAGUUGUACAAGUGGUUCACUGGCCAAGUCAUAAGAAACCUUCAUGUUGUCUUCACCAUGAAUCCAUCUUCUGAGGGACUCAAGGACCGUGCUGCUACAUCACCUGCCUUGUUCAACCGUUGUGUCUUGAAUUGGUUUGGUGAUUGGUCAGAUGGGGCAUUGUUCCAAGUUGGUAAAGAGUUCACAAACACAGUUGACCUCGACCGUCCCACCUGGAAAGCACCUGACUUUUUCCCAUCUGUGUAUGGAGGGUUGCCAGCUCAACCUACUCACCGAGAAGCUGUUAUCAACGCAUGUGUCUAUGUUCAUCAAACCUUACACAAAGCUAAUGCAAGGCUUGUGAAGCGGGGAAGCAGAACUAUGGCAAUCACCCCAAGACAUUAUCUUGACUUCAUCCAUCACUUUGUGAAACUUUACAAUGAAAAACGAUCAGAUUUAGAAGAGCAACAGCUUCACUUGAAUGUUGGUCUGAACAAGAUUGCAGAAACAGUAGAACAGGUUGAAGAAAUGCAGAAGUCGCUGGCUGUGAAAUCACAGGAACUUACAGCUAAAAAUGAAGCUGCAAAUGCCAAACUGAAACAGAUGGUAAAAGAUCAGCAAGAGGCCGAAAAGAAAAAGGUUCAAAGCCAGGAUAUCCAAGCUGAAAUUGAGAAACAGACAGUUCGUAUUGCAGAGAAGCGGAAGGUGGUUAUGGAAGACUUGGCCCAGGUGGAACCUGCUGUUAUUGAUGCACAACAAGCUGUGAAAGAGAUCAAGAAACAACAGUUGGUUGAAGUUCGAUCUAUGGCAAACCCUCCUGCCAUUGUAAAGCUUGCUUUGGAAUCCAUUUGCCUUUUGCUUGGAGAAAAUGCAAGUGAUUGGAAAGCCAUCAGGGCUGUGGUUAUGCGUGAAAACUUCAUCAACUCCAUCGUUUCUAACUUCAACACUGAAAAUAUUACGGACGAUGUUAGACAAAAAAUGCACGACAAGUAUCUCAGUAAUCCAGAUUACACUUUUGAGAAAGUUAAUCGUGCUAGUAUGGCUUGCGGACCAAUGGUCAAAUGGGCUGUUGCUCAGGUUCAAUAUGCUGACAUGCUGAAGAAAGUGGAACCACUUCGUGAUGAAUUAGGUUCCCUUGAAACUCAAGCUGAGGAAAACAAAAACAAGGGUGAAGAGGUGAAAAACCUUAUUGCACAGCUGGAGAGAAGUAUUGCCUCUUACAAAGAAGAAUAUGCUCAACUCAUCUCCCAAGCUCAAGCCAUCAAAACAGAUUUAGAGAAUGUUCAGGCCAAGGUAGACCGUUCUAUUGCACUCUUGAAGUCACUGGUCAUUGAGAGAGAGAGAUGGGAAGCAACGAGUGAAACAUUCCGGUCGCAGAUGUCAACCAUUAUUGGUGAUGUUCUCCUAUCAUCUGCAUUUUUGGCAUAUGCAGGCUAUUUUGAUCAGCAUUACCGUCAAAAUCUUUUUGCCACUUGGUGUCAUCAUCUUCAGCAAGCUGCCUUACAAUUCCGUGCAGACAUAGCACGAACAGAGUACUUGUCAAAUCCUGAUGAGAGGCUGAGGUGGCAGGCUAAUGCCCUUCCUACUGAUGAUCUCUGCACAGAAAAUGCUAUCAUGUUGAAGCGUUUCAACAGGUACCCAUUGAUCAUCGAUCCUUCUGGUCAGGCUACAGAGUUUAUUAUGAAUGAGUACAAGGAUAAGAAGAUAACUAAAACUUCUUUCCUGGAUGAUGCAUUCCGAAAGAAUCUUGAAUCAGCCCUUAGGUUUGGUAAUCCUCUGCUGGUACAGGAUGUUGAAAAUUAUGAUCCCAUCCUGAAUCCUGUAUUAAAUAGGGAACUGCGCCGCACAGGUGGUCGUGUACUCAUAACUUUGGGUGAUCAAGAUAUUGAUCUUUCUCCAUCAUUCAAUAUUUUCCUGUCAACUCGUGAUCCUACAGUAGAAUUCCCUCCCGAUAUUUGCUCGAGAGUAACUUUUGUAAACUUCACUGUCACUCGUAGCUCCCUUCAAAGUCAAUGCUUGAAUCAAGUUCUCAAGGCGGAGAGACCAGAUAUUGACAAGAAGAGGUCAGAUCUUCUGAAGCUUCAGGGAGAAUUCCAUCUCAGGCUCAGACAACUAGAGAAGAGUUUACUCCAGGCAUUGAAUGAUGCUAAAGGAAAAAUUUUGGAUGAUGAUAGUGUGAUUACAACUCUUGAAACUUUGAAACAUGAAGCUGCUGAAAUCAGUCAGAAGGUGGAGGAAACUGACAAAGUCAUUGCUGAAAUUGAAACAGUCUCUCAACAGUACAUGCCUCUCUCUCAAGCUUGUAGCAACAUGUACUUCACCAUGGACAGCUUGAAUCAAAUUCACUUCCUUUAUCAAUAUUCUCUUCAGUUCUUCCUGGACAUAUUUAGUUCAGUUCUGCACAGCAAUCCUCAUGUUCAGAAUAUAACAGAUUAUGGCCAAAGACUGUCUGUCAUCACCAAGGACUUAUUUGGUGUCUGUUAUGAACGGGUGGCGAGAGGGAUGCUGCACACUGAUAGGCUUACAUUUGCAAUUUUGCUUUGUCGUAUUCAUCUUAAGGGUGUGCCCACAGAGGCUAGUCUUGACACCGAGUUCACGUUCUUCCUCCGAGGCAAGGAGGGCAUGCUCAACUCCACUCCACCCGCCAUUGACGGGCUCAACCAGGAGCAAGUUGAAGCCAUGAUCAGAUUGUCGUCUCGUAUCCCGGCCUACAAGCACCUGGCCAAGAAGAUCAAGGACUCGCCAGAGUUCCCCGGCUGGCUUCAGCAGAGCUCCCCCGAGCAGUGCGUGCCUGCGCUGUGGGAGGAGGACAAGCAGCUCAGCCCCGUGGCCGUGGCCAUGCACAAUCUGCUGCUCAUCCAGACGUUCAGGCCGGACAGAGUCAUUGCGGCUGGGGUCUCGCUCGUCAUGGCUGUGCUGGGCGAGGAGUUCAUGGUGGCUGCUGACAGGGAGCUGGACCUGGCGUCUAUCGUGGACGCCGAGCUUCGAGCCAACGUGCCCGCGUUGCUGUGCUCUGUUCCUGGGUACGACGCCUCUGGUCGCGUGGACGACCUUGCAGCUGAACUGGGCAAGCAGAUUGCCUCUAUUGCCAUUGGUUCUGCAGAAGGAUUCAAUCAAGCUGAUCGUGCUAUCAACCAAGCUGUGCGCUCUGGUCGUUGGGUCUUGCUGAAGAACGUGCACCUUGCUCCUCAGUGGCUGGUUCAGCUUGAAAAGAAACUACAUUCCCUGCAACCUCAUGCCGGCUUCCGCCUUUUCUUGACCAUGGAAAUGAAUCCAAAGGUGCCCGUCAAUCUUCUUCGAGCUGGUCGCAUCUUUGUGUUUGAGCCACCUCCAGGCAUCAAGGCCAAUCUUCUUCGCACAUUCAGCACGGUACCUGCCUCUCGCAUGAUGAAGCCUCCAAAUGAAAGAGCCCGCCUCUACUUCUUGCUCGCGUGGUUCCACGCCAUCGUCCAAGAACGCCUGCGCUAUGUGCCCUUGGGUUGGGCUAAGUACUAUGAAUUCAAUGAAUCUGACUUGAGGGUCGCCUGCGACACUCUAGACACAUGGAUUGAAGCCACCGCUAUGGGCAGAACGAACCUGCCUCCAGAGAAGGUUCCCUGGGAUGCUCUAGUCACUCUGCUGUCCCAGUGCAUCUACGGAGGCAAGAUCGACAACGACUUCGACCAGCGCCUGCUCAAGUCUUUCUUAGCCAAGCUGUUCACACCCUCCAGCUUUGAGGCAGACUUCGCUCUGGUGGCCAACGUGGACGGCGUGGCUGGCGGCCCCGGGGGCCAACGGCACAUCACGAUGCCAGACGGUACAAGGAGGGACCACUUCCUGCACUGGAUCGAGGCCCUGUCCGACAGGCAGACGCCGUCAUGGCUGGGACUGCCCAACAAUGCGGAGAAAGUUCUCCUCACCACCAGAGGCACGGACCUCGUGGGCAAGCUUCUCAAGAUGCAGCAGCUGGAGGAUGACGACGAGCUCGCCUACUCAACGGAGGAGGGCUUGGACCAGACGCAGAAGUCGCUCGGGGACGGCCGUCCCUCUUGGAUGCGCACGCUCCACAACUCUGCGGCCACCUUCCUCGAGCUGCUGCCGCGCAGCCUGGCCACGCUGCGGCGCACCGUCGAGAACAUCAAGGACCCCCUGUACCGGUACUUCGAGCGCGAGGUCAACUCCGGCGCCCGACUGCUGCAGGACGUGGUCCACGACCUCGAGGACGUGGUGCUCAUCUGCCAGGGCGAGAAGAAGCAGACCAACUACCACCGCGCCAUGCUGAGCGACCUGGUCAAGGGCAUCAUCCCUCCCAGCUGGCGACGUUACACCGUGCCGCACGGCUGCACCGUCAUCCAGUGGGUCACCGACUUUUGCUCGCGUGUCAAGCAGCUGCAGCAGGUGUCGCAGCUAGUAUCGCAGGGCGGGGCCAAGGAGAUCAAGACGUACCCGGUGUGGCUCGGCGGGCUGCUCAACCCAGAGGCGUACAUCACGGCCACGCGUCAGUGCAUCGCGCAGGCCAACAGCUGGUCGCUGGAGGAGCUGGCGCUCGACGUGACCAUCUGCGACGGCCAGGACGCGCCCCCGCAGAUGGCGGACAGCUUCGGGGUGACGGCGCUCAAGCUGCAGGGCGCCAACUGCCGCAACAACCAGCUGCUGCUGGCCUCCACCAUCAUGACGGACCUGCCGAUGACCCUGCUGCGCUGGGUGCGCUCCGCCCCCGGGACCGAGCAGCGCUCCUCCAAGAUCUCCCUGCCCGUGUACCUCAACUCGACGCGCACCGAGCUGCUCUUCACUGUCGACCUCAACAUUGCGCCCGGACAGGACCAGCACAGCUUUUACGAGCGGGGCGUGGCCCUGCUUACAUCCACGGCCCUCAACUAGGCGGGAGCUUGUUAGCAAUAGCUUAAUUUUAUUAUGUUUACCGUACUCAUUCUUAAUUUGUCUAUAGUCAUUAACUUAUCUGUGGUAUCUACUUAGGAUACAUUUUAAUGAGAUUUUAACUGAAAUAUUUUGUAUCUUUCAUAUUUUAGCGAUUUGGGGCUUUACUGCUUUAUGAAUUGUUUAUGAUGAUAAACUAUAAUAAUGCAUUGUACUUCAUUGUUGAUUAAAUAUUAUUUAUUUUCACUGGCAA